AUAGCCACCCUCAAUAUGCCCUUCCACCUCCACUUCAUUGUGGCGAACGAGUGGUUGACAGGCGGCAAGACUGGCGAGUUCCUGUGCAAGUUUACUACAUAUAUACAGGGAGUAACAGUGGUGUCCAGCAUACUGACCCUCCUUGUCAUCGCCAUAGACAGGUACGUGGUGAUAUGCAACCACAAGAUAGCAGGAAAACUUCACACAAAGAAAUCUGCCUAUAUUUACCUGUGCGCUGUGUGGAUUAUCUCCCUUUGUGCACUCAGUCCACACUUGGUGUUCCAAUGCCUUGACACCAGGGUAAAAGUCCGCCGAGUGGGAUCCUUCCUGAUCCUAGACGGUUUCGGCUUCCUAUGUGCAGAAUUCUAUCCCAAUGACUACGGAAGUAAGCUAUACACAGCUUUCACGUACGGCUUCCUCUACAUACUCCCAGUCAUUAUAAUGGCCUAUACCUACGGUAAAAUAGCACACCGCCUCUGGAUCCACCCACCCAUCGGUGACAUUCUGGAGAAUCCACUGCAUCACCAGAGAGUCGUUUUACCUAAAAAGAAAAUAAUCAAGGUCAUGAUUGUUGUUUUUCUUGCAUUUACAAUUCUGUGGUUGCCUUUUUUUACCUUUUCACUUUAUGCGGAAUUUGCAGAAACCAAAGAUACAACAUUUAGGAUCAAGAUGGCCGUCUUAAAAUUAAUCGGUUACAGCAACUGUUGUGUAAACCCUAUAAUAUACACGUUCCUGAACAAGAAUUUCCAGCAAGAGGUACUGCAACUGUUUUGUAAGAACAGAGUAAUGAAGAUCAACGUUCAAACUACGUUAGGAUCGACCAACACCCGCACGGAAACAAUCCGAAAGAGCAAGUUUUAG